ACCCCGCCCCCAGGACCAAGCCAGAGCCCCGCCCCUGCCCCUUCCAUCCGAGAACCUCCCCUGAACCCACUCUUCCUCUCCUCCGUCCCGUUUCCUAAAAGCCCUUCCCACAGGCCCCGCCGGAGCCCCUCCCCUCCGUGCAGCCCCAGCCCUGCUGGGGGGGCACCUCCUUUUCCAUCAUCCUCUCCUCCCCAGUUCCCUUUCUCACUUCUGCUGACAUCCUAGGAAAUGCCAGCACACCAAACGCAUCCCCUGGCCUUUCCAACCCUCCCUGCCACACCGCUCCGUGGCUUUCCAAUGUCUUCUAGAACAUUCCGUGCCACCAGUACCUCACCAUGACAACACCGGGAUCCUCGGUCGUCUGCACACAUCCCCCCCUGACCAUCGCCCACUGAGGCGCCCAAUCCCCUUGGCCAGUUUUUGUGGAGCCCCCGCCCCCCACCAUAGCCCCUGCUUUGUGCCCUCCUUGAAACCCCACCACCCCAAGCCUGCCUCUCGUCCUAACUCUUCUGCCUUUUCCUUCCCGGCCCAGCCCGCCCGCGGCCCACGGUCCACUUCGUCUCUUCCCCGUGGGCUGCCUCCCGCCAUGUCCCCCUGAGCCUCCGAGGAGGGGGGCUCAGGGGGCCCGAUGGCCUCCCGCCCCCCGUGGCCCCACAGCCCCCGUGGGCCGGGGGAGGCAUCCGGGAAGCCGCAGUGCCGACGAUGGUUAACCGGACGUGGGAGGGCUGCCACGUGGACUCCCAGGUGGACCAGCUCUUCCCCCCGUCCCUCUACAUCUUUGUCAUCGGCGUAGGGCUGCCCGCCAACUGCCUGGCGCUGUGGGCGGCCUACCGCCAGGUGCGGCAGCGCAACGAGCUGGGCGUGUACCUGAUGAACCUGAGCAUCGCCGACCUGCUCUACAUCGGCACGCUGCCGCUGUGGGUCGACUACUUCCUACACCACGACAACUGGAUCCACGGCCCCGGCUCCUGCAAGCUCUUCGGCUUCGUCUUCUACACCAACAUCUACAUCAGCAUCGCCUUCCUGUGCUGCAUCUCCGUGGACCGCUACCUGGCCGUGGCGCACCCGCUGCGCUUCGCCCGCCUGCACCGCGUCAAGACCGCCGUGGCCGUGAGCUCCGUGGUCUGGGCCACGGAGCUGGGCGCCAACUCGGCGCCGCUGUUCCACGAUGAGCUCUUCCGUGACCGCUACAACCACACCUUCUGCUUCGAGAAGUUCCCCAUGGAAGGCUGGGUGGCCUGGAUGAACCUCUACCGCGUCUUCCUGGGCUUCCUCUUCCCGUGGGCGCUCAUGCUGCUGUCGUACCGUGGCAUCCUGCGGGCUGUGCGGGCCAGCGUGUCCACCGAGCGCCAGGAGAAGGCCAAGAUCAAGCGGCUGGCGCUCAGCCUCAUCGCCAUCGUGCUGGUCUGCUUCGCGCCCUACCACGCGCUCCUGCUCUCGCGCAGCGCCGUCUACCUGGGCCGCCCCGGGGACUGCGGCUUCGAGGAGCGCGUCUUCUCCGCCUACCACAGCUCCCUGGCCUUCACCAGCCUCAACUGCGUGGCCGACCCCAUCCUGUACUGCCUGGUGAACGAGGGCGCCCGCGGCGACGUGGCCAAGGCGCUGCACGACCUGAUGCGCUUCCUGGCCAGCGACAAGCCCCAGGCGAUGGCCACCGCCUCACUCACCCUGGAGACCCCACUCACGUCCAAGAGGAACAGCGCGGCCAAGGCCCUGGCGGCCGGCUGGGGGGCCGCCCCGCCCUCCCAGGGGGACCAGGUGCAGCUCAAGAUGCUGCCGGCAAAGUGAGCCCCGCCUGGCGGGAAUCUCACCCCCCCAGCCCCCUCCUGGCUGUUUAUACAAACUGUAUGUAAAUGAGGCCGUGGUAAUAUUC